UCCGUCGCGAAAGCAUCGUGCGUUGUCGGUUACUACGCACUCCCACUUUCGUCGCGCGCUCUGGUGUACAGCCGUGGUAUACAGUGUGCACUUACACACCGAAACAGUUUACUGCGAACUGCAGAGUCGGAUGGUCGGUUCGUUCGGCUGAUCGGUGACGACGAUCAUCAACCACCUCCGUGUACGCAAGUUCGGUAGUGACGCGCUCUCUCCCUUAAAAGUACGAGACAGUCGUCAACCAGUGACGAUAGACACCGGUGCACACACACCGGUGAUUCAGUCGAGGUCGAUCCACAGUCAGGUGAGGACCUCGCCGGUGUGCUAUCGGGUUUUUUUUUUCUUCUUUUCGUUCGACCGCGCUCUGUUAUCGAGCGAGAUACACACCGCUCCGUUCCCGUGUCGGUGGGAUAAUUUCAAAUCGAGCACGAGGCGCGCCUUCAUUGUGCCGAUCCGAGUGUAACGUAACGCGUCUGCUGUUGCUGCUGCUCGAGGAAAUUGUUUCGAAUUGUUGUUUUUUUUUUUUUUUUUUUGUUGUUUUUUCUCACGGACCAUCGGCCGCGACGAUCUUGUGCCACCCAGCUCAGAAAGUGAAAAGGAAGUGAAUUGGAAAAAGUGAGUAGUGAGAAUAUUCGUCAGUGCCGAACGUACGAACGACCACGCUGUCGCGCACGAUUUCACACGUACGGAGUGCUUCCAAAUUCGUAUCCAGCUUGAAGGAGGAGCGUCAUAGACCGUCGAAGAUCGCGUCGUUGAAGGCGAAGCCAAGGUAGAAGCUCAGACGAUCGGCGAGAUCGUCACGACGACGGAGGACGGCUUGUACGAGAAUCAUUUCCGGGAAGAGGCGGACAACUGUCGCCUAGUCAGAAUGAGGGGUGAAUCAGCGCGGCCGGGCAAGCGGCCACUGCGAGCGUUGUCCGCUUCGGAGAAGAUGGACGCGAUACAGAGGGUCCACGAGGGUGAGAGCAAGGCGUCGGUGGCCCGUGACAUCGGCGUGCCGGAGUCGACGUUGCGCGGCUGGUGCAAGUCCGAGCACAAGAUCAGAGGGAUGGCGAGGAACUCGUCGACGCCGGACAGCGAGGCCCACUCGCCAGCCUCGUCCUCCGGGGCGAACGUCGCGACCGGCAACUUGGCCGGUAGCUCGGCGAACUUGUCGAGCGAGGACGAGAGCCCGUGCGCGAAGAAGCCGAAAUUAGAUCAGCAGACGUCGGUGACAUCGGCGAGCACGUCGUUCGUCAACGACGACCCGGACGCCGGCAAGCCGGACAAGCCGAAGAUCGACUACGUUGGACUGAUGACGAGCAUGGCGGGAAUGAGACCGGAGAACAGCUCGUUGCUUCUGCAGCAGCUCGGUCUACUAUCGAGUGCCAGCGGCAGCCUGGCGAAGAAUCUGUUGAGCAUAUCAACGCCGUUGUCGCACGCGAGCACCGUCGGCCUCGUGGAGAACGGGCUCCAGUACACGAAGAGCAACAUGGUCGGUAACAGCGUGGCCGCGUGUGUCGCGAACGCGGCGAAUAGUUUGGCAAGUGGCAAUAAGAGGCACACCAUCUCGGCGAUCGCGCCGUCCCAGAUCGACUCGAUGGUCGCCAAGUCGUGCAGCACGCGGAAAAGCCUGCCACCUGCCGCCGAGGCACCGUCCACCCCGGUGCCCGCCUCGCCGAGGAAAACCAACGAGAGCAGCAGUAGCAUGCAGAGAUCGACGGCGAACAAGUCGGGCAAGAACGUGACGGCGGGCAACAAUAAUAAAAAGAUGGACGAGGCGUUAUGGAUAUGGCUGACGCAGCAGCAACAAUUGCUCGGCCAGCAGUCAGCGAGCUUCAACCCGAGCAUCAAUCAACAGGACGGCUCGUGGUUCUGGCAGUGGUACAAGCAGUGCGGCUUCCCGCUGGUAACGCAGACGCCGGUAACGCAGACACCGGUAACGCAAACACCGGUAACGCAAACACCGGUAACGCAGGCACCGGUAACGCAGGCACCGGUAACGCAAGCACCGGUAACGCAAGCACCAGUAACGCAGUCACCGGUAACGCAGUCACCGGUCACGCAGACGCCGGUAACGCCCAGCCCGGUCCCCAAGAAAUCGCCGAGCAGGGCACGAGCCAUGCUCGACAACGUACUCUGCAACAACAACGAGAAUGUGAAACGGUGCCUGAACAUGGACAACGAGUCCACGGAGAACCACGAGUCGAACAGCGGCGACGCUGAGGAGGAAGUGCCGUGCAGCACCGAGGAAGCGAUCGAGCACGGUGAGAAGUUCUUGAAGUGGUUGGACAAAUGCUCCGAGCCGGCCGUCACUAGGCUCCAGAUUAUACAAUUCAAAUAUCUGCUGGACAAUCUGAAGGCACGUCGGAAGCAGUCGUCGCCCAACUCGAAACAAAGUAGAAAAUAGGCACAAGCUGUGAUGCUAAGUAUAUAUCUUUAGGAAAGAGUGUGAUUGCCUGUGUGUGUGUGUGUGUGUGUGUUUUAGCGAGUGCUUCGCUCACCACCAAACGAACAGCAGUUCGCGAAAGGUGGAAAAGGAUAGAUGAAA